UGCUAAAUCGGGGCUGUAAAGUGACGUAAUCAAAUGCACAGGCUCCAAGCGCUCCGUUCUCCAGCUCCUUCGUCUUGCCAUCAUGGUCAAAUCUUCAGACGUCAUCAUCAUCCUCGUCGCAAUCAUAUUUCCGCCAGCUGCAGCUGCAUUCUUAACGGGAUGUAGCUGUGAUCUUCUCAUUAACAUCUGUUUGACUCUUCUCGGAUACAUUCCUGGUCAUAUUCACGCGUUUUGGCUUAUCUACAAGAAGAUGCAGGCCGAGGAACGCUACGGAGCUGGGGGUUUCCAAUACGUCGGUAACGGACAGUACAAGCCAUAUCCUCAGGCUCAGGGCGCAUUAAUUCCUGGUCAAGCUCCUCCACCCAACUAUGGCGCCACCCAGUGAUUUCGAUGUCGUAUAUACCUUGCUACUGGAUGUACAUAUUGGGUUGUGCAUACUUCUACUACGACACACGGCUGAAUAUAUGAUUUUACCCUCGAUCUCGAAGC